CGCAAAUCAGAGGGCGGGGCUGUAGUGUGGCCUAUGCAUAUGAAGGAAAAUGGAGGAUUACAGAGCACCAGUAGAAGUCCAGUGGUCUCCAUAUUCCUGGAAUGGAGGAACCGUUCUAGCUGUUUCUGGUGAAGAUUUCUCAGUCAUUGCUUCAGACACACGUCUCAGCGAAGGAUUUCAAAUUUACUCACGUGACUUCCCCAAGACCUACCAACUUGGCGAUAAUGUAGUCCUUGGUUCAUGUGGUUUUCAAGGUGAUGUCACUACACUUAAUAAGGUCAUUGAAGCACAAUUGAAGAUUUAUGAUCAUAUUUACCAGAAGAAAAUGAGCUGUGAGUCAUUAGCUCAACUGCUCUCCACCAUUUUAUACACAAGACGUUUCUUUCCCUAUUACACAUACAACAUACUCGCUGGCCUCGAUUCUAAAGGUAAAGGAUGUGUUUUUAGUUUUGAUCCCAUUGGUUCGUAUGAGAGAGAAGUAUACAGAGCAGGUGGAUCAGCUUCUUCAAUGCUCCAGCCAUUGUUAGACAACCAGAUUGGUCUGUUGAAUCAGACUGGUGUGGAGAAAAAACCGCUCUCCGUUGAGAAAGCUGUCCAGCUUGUUACUGACGUGUUUACUUCAGCAGCAGAAAGGGAUAUAUACACUGGAGAUGGGAUUAGGAUUAAUAUUAUUAGUGCUGAUGGAGUGGAUAUAAAAGAAGUGCCACUUAGGAGGGACUAGAUGAAUUAAUAACUGAGACAGGGGAUCAAAAUUCAUUAAUUUUAAUAAUGUGUAAUUAUUAAUAACUAGUAAUAAUUAUUAUUGGUAGGCGUGGUCUUUAGCGUGUAAGAUAAGAUCAUGAGCAAAGUUCAUGUUUCAUGAACUUUUGGACUUUUGCAUGAACUUAAAUAUUUUAUGAA